UGGAAAAUCUUAGUCAGUCGAGCCGAUGAUAGCGAUGCGGCCGCGCCCGCGACGACCGCCUCCGCGGCGCAUCGCGCGACGACGACGACGAGCCGCGCGUGCAGUAGUAGAGGAGCGCGUAGAAGGCGGCGAGGAAGGCGCCGUACAGCCGCGGGCUGCCCGCGGCCGGAGCGGCCGCCACCGCGGGACCGGCGUCGACGGUCGGCGCGACGAGCACCCUUCCGUUCACGCAGCGCGCGUCGCAGAGCGCGUCGGCGUCGGCCGCCAGCGAGCAGGCCGCGAGCGCCGCCUUGCACCUCGCGCGGCCGGCCGCCAGGGAAUCAGCGUCGCAGGGCGUCGCGAGGGCCGACGCGCGCUUCACCGCCGCGCGGCCCGGCCGGUCGUCGUCGCCGUCGUCGUCGUAGCGCCGCCGCCGCCGCGACCCGCGGUAACCGUCGUCAUCGCGCGCGCCGUCGUCGUCGUCGUAGUAGCUCGGCCGCGUGCGCGCGAGGCGCGGCGCCGCCGCGCAGUCGAGCACGUCGCACAGGUCGCCGAGGCAGAAGCCGUCCGCGGCGAGCGUGUCCGCGUGCUUGCGGUCGAAGUGCCGGUCGAGCCAGUCCUCGCUCGAGAAGGUCUUGCCGCAGUACGCGCACUUGUAGAGCGACCGGCGGAGCGCGCGCUUGUGCUGCUCCUGGUCGCCGUAGAGGUCGGCGUGGAGCGGACACGUCGCCGGCAUCGCCGCGCCUAGGAUGCCGCGCUUACGCAGCAGGGCGCGCGCGACCCGCGACUUUGCGCGGCUGCAGCUGGCGUCCUCGGGCAUGGCUUCGAGCUGUACGAUUGCUUUUGAAGCAGCUCUCCUGCACAGCACAGUGUGUGCGUGGCAGCACAGAGGAUCGGCGGCGGCAGCGCUCUGGCGAGAGUGCGCUUGUGUGGGACUGA